AACUAAUGAUGAAGAAAAACAUUUUAAAGUUAAACCAACGACUUCCCAUUCUUCUUUCUUCAUCCAAUUUGUAUUUUUGCUUUCAAUUUCUCAUCAUUUCCAGUCUUUGUUUUCAGUUUUCACAUUUUCUUCUGUUCUGUCUGUCAAUUAAGGAAAAAGAAAAACAAAAAAAACCCUGCAAACUUUCUGGUAUUCACAGAGAGAGAGAGGUAAGUUCAAGAGUAAUUUCAACUUCGCAAAGGAAACAGCGCAGAAGAUAGUUCAGAGAAGCUCUCUGGUAUUCACAGAGAGAAAGAGAGAGACUAUCAACAAAAAUGGCCGAAUCUGUUGCCUCUGCUGCUGUCCAAAAUGUGACAAACCAGGCAAUGGAAUACGCAUCACCCUAUCUCCGUUACUUUUUCUGUUAUGGAGAGAUUGUUGGGGAUUUCACGAAUCAACGAGAAGCACUUGAAUUGAAGAAACAGAGGGUGGAAAUUUGUGUCGGUGGGGCUAGAAGGCAAAAUGAAGUCAUCUAUAAGGACGUUGAGAACUGGCUUAUAAGGGCUGAGAAAGAGCUGAAAGAAACCCAGAACUUGAAAGAUGAAAUAGAUUGCGUCAAGUGUUCCAAAUGGUGUCCUCAAUGGGGCUGGCGAUAUUGCUUAAGUAAGAAACUGGCAGAGAAGACUCCUAUUAUCUCUGAACUUUUAAAGACUUCUGACUUUGCACAGGUGGGCCAUCGUGGUUCUCUUCAAGGAAUAGAGUUCAUCACAUCCACGCCUUUCAUGGACUCUAAAUCUUCAAAAUUAGCUUUGAACCAGAUCAUGGAGGCUAUAAAAGCUGUCAAUAUGAUCGGACUGUACGGAAUGCCAGGAGUUGGUAAAACAACUUUAGCCAAAGAAGUUGGGAAGCAUGCUCGAGAACAAAAGCUAUUUGAUAAAGUUGUGAUGUUUACUAUGUCCCAAAAUCUGAACAUCAGAACAAUUCAAGAUAAAGUUGCAGAGAUGUUUGGUUUAAACUUUCAAACAAAUACCGAAGAAGGACGAGCAGAAGAGCUAUUCAGGAGUAUGCAACUCAUGAACAAAAUCCUCGUAAUUGUCGAUGACCUCUGGGAAGAAUUCAAAUUGGAGAGCAUCGGAAUUCCAUUCGGUGAUGAGCACAAGGGUUGUAAAAUUCUUCUGACUACACGUCAUCAACAAGUCUGCACCAAAAUGAACUGUCAGAAGGAGAUUUUACUUGGCAUCUUAUCCGAAGACGAAGCAUGGGUUUUGUUUCGAGAUAAAGCUGGUUUAGAUGAUGACUGUUCCUCCUUGAAUGAUGUAGCCAAAGAGGUUGCUGGUGAAUGUAAGGGAUUGCCCCUUGCAAUUGUUACCGUGGCAAAAGCUCUAAAAGGUGAGAGUUUAGAUGGGUGGAAAGCCGCAAACCAGAGAUUCAAGGACUCAAGGCAUUUGGAUAAUGAAGAAGUUCUAGGAGGUGUCCUCAAGCCUCUUAAACUUAGCUACGAUUAUUUGAAGAAAGACAAUAACCAAAUGACGGGUAAUGACAUCCAAAUGUGUUUCUUACUGUGUUCCAUUUUUCCUGAAGAUUAUGAAAUCGUUAUUGAGAAGUUGAUUAUGUGCGGAAUUGGAGUAGGAUUGUUCCCGUAUGCUAACUCGAUUGAAGAUAAAAGGAAUGAAAUUGGUAUAGCACUAAAAAAACUCCAAAAAUGUGGCUUGUUAUUGGAAGGUGAUUAUGCUGGAAAGAUAAGAAUGCAUGAUGUGGUUCGAGAUUUUGCUCAUUGGCUAACAUCAACCGGAGAAAAUAUGUUCAUGGUAAAAGAUAAGUUGAAAGAAUGGCCUGAUAUGGUUGAAAGUUUUGAAUGUUAUACUGCAAUCGCUUUAUGGAAUUGUAGUUGUAACAUAAAAAAUUUUCCCUACAAAGUGGAAUUUUCAAAGCUCAAGACUUUGUUUCUUCUUGGAGAGAGAGAGGAGGAUGAUAUCCUAGUGGUUUCCAGUACAUUUUUUGAAGAAAUGAAAGCCCUCCAAGUUCUAUAUCUCGAAAGAGUCUAUUUCUCACUGAAAGGAUUCAAUUCCUUACCAGAUCUUAAAACUUUGUAUUGUAUUAGAUGCAAGGUGGAAAACUUCUCAUCAUCACUGACGAAUAUGACAAACCUUGAGAUUCUUGCAUUGAUUUGCAUUGAGGUUGAUGAGAUAAGUGAAGAAUUAGUGAAAUUGCCUACACUGAAAUAUUUACGUCUUUCUGGUGCUUCAUUUGGAAAAAUGAAUUUUCCCCCCAAGUUGGUAUCAAGGAUGACUGUCGUCUUUGUUGCUUCCCGAAAUUGAGAAUUCUUGAGAUAGACUUUUGCAGAAGUUUAAAAUAUGUUUGUGCAAACACUUCGACUCUAGGGCUUCAAUCAUUGGAAUCUGUCGAAAUAAGUAAUUGUCCUCAACUUAUGCAAAUCUUCAAGAUGGAACAAAAUGAGAACGGGGAAGAUGUGGUGAUUCCUCAGAACCAUUGCUGGCCAAAAUUGAAAACUUUUUGGAUAUGGAAUUGCCAACUAUUCUCAUGCUUCAUUGUACAAGCUCCACUCUUGGAGAAAUUGAGUUUUAAUAACGUGGGAACCAUAUGGAAAAUUGAUGUGCCUGUAUUGAAUGAAGAUUGUAUAGUAGUUGGGAAUCAUGAAAAGGUAUUUCAAGUUCAAGGUGGGUACUCAUUCUCAAGAAUAAAAGAAUUGUACUUGAGCAAUUUAUUUGAAAUGCAGAUUAUAUGGAACGAUUUUGCUCAAGUUGUAACCCUUAAGAACUUUUCAACUUUAAAGCUGAUAGAUUGCAAGAAGUUAAAAUAUAUAUUUUCACCUACGAUGGCUCGUAGUUUAUUACAUUUGGUGAAUCUUUCCAUCGAGGGGUGUGAAGAAAUAGAACGACUCAUUUUAGCCAAUGAGCAAAUUUCUUCUUCAUCAUCAUCAAAUGCUAGCCUCCAGCCUAUAAGCUUUCCAAAUUUGACUUAUAUCACUGUUACAGAUUGUGGAAAUUUGAAAAGUCUCUUUCCUUUUAGAUUUGUUCAUAUUCUUCCAAAACUUGAAUGUCUCAUAGUUGAAUGGAACUCUAAAUUGGAACAAGUAUUCGAAUUAGAAGAUGAAGUGGAAGUGGUAGUUGGAGAGGAAAUGAAAUUUGAUAAAUUAAGAAGUUUAACACUUGAAGAACUACCGAAUCUCAUUCACUUCAGUCCCAAAGGAUAUCAUUUUGUAUUGCCAGCAUUAAUAGAGUUGAAAGUAAGAGAUUGCCCUAAGUUGACUACUGGUUUCUCCAUUGAUUCACGGAAAUUUGUGCAUUGCGAAACAAAGACACCCCAAUUAGUUGAGGAAGAUGCGACAAUUUUCAAGAAGAAUAUAUGUUGGAGCCGUUUAGGGUCCUUCGAUGAGAGGAGACUACGACACAUUACAUGAAAGAAUGGAUGAUUUUAGGGCAGCUUUCAAAGCCAUGUUACAUAAAUCAAUAGGUGGAGGUUUAUGUUGUCCAGUUUUUUUGGUUAAGUUUUUUAUAUAAUUUGUGUCUAACACUACUUUUUUUGAAUUUUUUAAAGGUUUUUUUUAUAUAUUUAGAGAAUCAUAUAUAUCCAUAUCCAAAUGGACAUGAAUGCAAAAUAGAAAAUGAAUAUUUGAAGUAUCAUAAGUUCAAUAUAUCAACUAAAUCCAGGUAAAAA